GACCCCUGCUUAGAAUACCUAGUCCAUCUACUCACCAUCGAAGUGCCAAAGCUCUGGGGCCCGUUCGCAUCUUCCUGCAUCAUCAAAAGCACACUGGAUAUGCUGACCGGGUGUAUGCUCGAGAACCGUUUCCAAUCUGGAUAUGAGCGUCUUGCCCAGAAAUUCCCGAGAUUUGUCCGUCGAAAGUCCGGAAACUCAGAGGCCUACAUUUUCUUUAAUUUCCCGGAGGCCAUGUUCCCGGAGGCGAUUAAUCUCGGUCUAUACGUGCACUCGAUCCCCGGACCUGUCGAUGUAACCGACUUCGUCAAUGACAUUUUUUCGUAUUACAAGGAGAGGGUUCUUGGGAACGAGAAUAAUACCUACAUCGUCAGUGAGGCAAGGAGGCAGAAAUGUCCGUCAAUUGAGGUGCUCGAACAAACCUGCCAGAGAACUUGUGCGAUGCACAAGCAUCUAAAGCAGAAGCUUGCGAUCGCCGAUGAGCGUGUCUUACGGAAAUAUUGCUCGUAUGUGGAUGGGAUGGUUACUUAUCACAUCACGAACCCUCGUUAUCGACUAGAGGAAAUC